UCUGCACCCAUUUCCUCCUCGUUUUCUUCUUCUUCCUCUUCCUUCCAUGUUCAUGGCUGUUGAAGCUCAACGCUCUAUUUUUUGUAACGCCCAGAUGAGGGAGAUGAUGAUGAUGAACGGUGUUAAUGAAAACAUGAUGAACACAUUCAAUAAUGUUGAUCAGAUAGGGUUUGAAACUGAUCUGGUUCCAAUCGAUGACUCUUCCAUGGCUAGAGCUGCUGCUGCUGCUGGUGGUGGCUCUACCAAUAGUGGGCUUACUUGUAACUUUGCAAUAUCAUCAAGAAAGAGAUCGAGAACAGAUUCUUUUACUGAUAUUCAUCAGUUUACAAGCAGCGACAAUAAUAAUAACAUGUAUUCACAGAUCCAUCAGCAACAGUAUCAGUUUGAAGUUGACAGGAUAAUUGCCUUACACAGUGAAAAGUUAAGAUUGGAUAUGGAGGAGAGGAGGAAGAAAUAUGCGAGAAGGAUAGUUGCGGUGGUGGAGGAAGGGAUGAUGAAGACUUUGAAAAGUAAGGAGGAAGAGAUUGAGAAUAUUGGUAAAUUAAACUGGGUAUUGGAAGAAAAGGUGAAAUCUUUAAUGAUUGAGAAUCAGAUUUGGAGAGAGCUGGCUCAGGCUAAUGAGGCCACAGCCAAUGCCUUGAGGAGUAAUCUUGACCAGGUUCUAGCUAAGGUAAGAUCAGAUGAUGUUCAAACUGUCGGCGGCCCAUUGUUGUUUGAUCAUGAUGACCAUGAGACGGCAGAGUCUUGCUGCGGCAGCAACUUCGAUUAUGAUAAUGAAGGAGAAUUGGUCGGCGGUGUUAGUAGAAAGAAUUACAAUAGUACUAUUGAUGAUAGAGUUUGCAAAUGUUGUGGGGAGAUGGAAUCGUGCGUUUUGGUUUUGCCAUGUCGGCAUCUGUGUUUGUGUACAGUUUGUGGUUCGUCGGUUCAUAUUUGUCCUGUUUGUAACUCUAUUAAGAACGCAAGUGUCCAUGUUAAUUUUUCUUGAAAAACAAUUAUAAAUA